UUGUUUUUUUUUGAGAAACACAAAACAUCACCCCUGACCCAGCCCACGCUCCACCCCGCCGCAAACCUAAAACCUAGCUUCCGCCGCCACGCUGAUCCUUAUUCCGGCAUCGAUGCCCUUCUCCGGCGACCUGACAGAGCGCAACCGCCAGUUGCUGCUAGAGCAGCAGAAUUCCUCUGCCAUAAAGAUCCAGAGAUGCUUUAGAGGGAAGAAGGCUAUACAAUCAAAACGUUCUGAAGCUCGAGAAAACUUCUGCUCUACUUUUGAAGGUUUCUUCCAGAAUUUAGAUAGGAAAAGCUAUGUUGCUUCGGAUUUUUUGGGUCAAUUCCUGUUAUUUUUUGAUGCAAAGGAGGACAAAGAUAUUGAUAUACUAUGUCAAGUCUGUGACCUGCUUCUACAAUAUGCCAAACGUGAUGGUAAGUAUGAUGCUAAGAAUAACAUUCUUGUGAUGUUUUAGGGUUUAUGGUAUAGUAUACAUGGUAACCUUUGGUGUGUUUGAUCCUUUUCUUUACUUGCCUUACCACAAUAAGCUCGGCUAGCUUGUUUCAGGCUCAUAGUUUUGCCAGCUAAUUCCUCUGCUGCAUUUACCUCAAACGCACACACACAUGUACGACUGCAGUUACCGACUAAUAUCUGUGCUAAGCAUUUGACGACAUUUGCUACCAAAAUUGCCAUGGAAAGCAAGUUUUAAUAACCUACAUACUGAACUGGAAUCCUCGCUAGGCAAGGCUAGGGUGUAACUGGCUAUUCCUCUAUUAGAACGAACUUUAGCGCGAUUGUGUAUUGACUCUCCUAAAUUAUAUCAAUGAGAUGGUUUUAUUUGAGUUUGUUUAAUGUUA